GAGCGUGUUGGUGCUUUGCGGAAGCUGUGCUGUGGCGUGUGCUGAACGGAGCAGGAUGGCGGCCAGCGGUUGUGUGGAUGAGGAGCGAUUUGACGCUAUGUUGCUGGCUAUGGCUCAGCAGCAUGAGGGCGGCGUACAGGAGCUUAUAAACACAUUCUUCGGUUUCCUAAGGAGAAAAACUGACUUCUUUGUGGGAGGUGAAAGUGGAGCAGCUGAAAAGCUAGUCAAUGAUGCUUUCAAGCACCACCUUAAGCUAGUCCAAGCAGCCAGGGAACAGAAGGAGUCUGAGGAGCGAGAAAGAAAUGCUGCAAAACAGGAGCAAACUGCCAAGCAUAAGCCUAUGGAGGCUGGGGAACCACGGAUCACAGAGCUAACAGAUGAGGAAGCAGAUAAACUUCAAAAGGAAAUUGAUAAGAAUAAAGCUAAGGAACUAGAGCAAGAUAAGCCAGCUGUUGACACAGAAAAAAAGUCUGUGGCUCAGAAGGGUAGUGAUGGGGAGGAGGAAGAGGAAGAUGAGAAGGACAAAGGAAAGCUCAAACCAAAUUCAGGAAAUGGAGCAGAUCUUCCUCAUUACCGCUGGACCCAAACCCUGUCAGAAGUGGAUCUGGUUAUUCCAUUUCCGGUGUCUUUCCGUCUGAAGAGUAAGGACGUGGUAGUGGACAUUCGGCGAAAAAAACUCAGUAUUGGGUUGAAGGGCCAGAAGCCUGUGUUGGAUGGAGAACUUUAUAAUGACAUCAAGGUGGAAGAAUGCUCAUGGCUGAUAGAGGAUGGAAAAGUGGUUACAGUUCAUUUGGAAAAGAUCAACACAAUGGAAUGGUGGAACCGUGUAAUCCAAACAGAACAAGAAAUUAAUACAAAGAAAAUUAAUCCUGAGAACUCUAAGCUAUCGGAUUUAGAUGGAGAGACACGGAGUAUGGUAGAAAAAAUGAUGUAUGAUCAAAGACAGAAAUCAAUGGGCCUUCCAACUUCAGAUGAACAGAAGAAGCAGGACAUUUUGAAAAAGUUCAUGGAACAACACCCAGAAAUGGACUUCUCUAAAGCCAAAUUCAGUUGAUCCUCACCAUCAGUGAUGAUUUCUUGAAAGGCACUGUCAGUGCUGCAGAACGCCCAAGGACAGUUGUACUCUGUGGUUAAAGCGAAACUCCAUUUUUGUUGUAAAAUACAGUCCCUGUUGGUCAGCUAUAUACAAG